AUGCAUAUAGACCAGAAGAACAACUCCCAAAAUGCCAACGAUGGCGAAAGGGGCAAUGUCCGCUUUGCUGCUGAAGAAGAGACCAUUGAGCCCACUAAAGACCUAACCAACACCGAAGACAAACGAACCGAUGAUCUCAGCCCGGAAGCUCAUGAGCAGAUCAGGAAUCUUGCAAUGACGCUACAAAAGUCGAGGUUACAGGAAAGCAGGAUGUCCAACUUUGCAUAUGAGCCCGUGUCGAUGCCUCCCUCUAGAGUCCCAUCUAGAGACAGCGAUUCUCCCGGUAGCCCUCGCGGCUCAAUACGUGGUCAGCACGGGUCCCUCUCAUCAGCUGUUCAGUCUCCGCCGCUCACACCCGCUGGAUCGAAAGAUGAUAGAAAAGAAUCGAGUGCCAGCCGAACCCAGUUACCACAGGCAGCAAUAACCCCACAAACAUCUCCGCCGCCGGAGCAGCACGGAAGAUCACUUUCUCAGUCCAUUUCACCUAGCGCCCAAGACCCCUCGAGACCCUCGUCGUCCGAGCAAGCUUCGACACGACCUACCUCCGUGUCCGAGGCCUCGCACUCGCAUCAAGACCGAAAGCAUGUGCCCCGUUUUGAAAUUGGUCCCGCAGACUCUAUCACCCCAGGCGAGCAAAGCCCAGCCAGAGGCUCGCGGCCAGGAUCAAGAACAUCCUCACCUGGCCCGGGAAAGCAGCAAGAGCAUCGCCAGUUUGGCAGUACCGGACGCAACUCGAUUGCCCCUGCCAUUGCGGCCGCUGCAGAGAGAAUCCCAAAGCCAGGAGGUGGUAGCGAUGUCGACAAGCGGUCCUCAAUCUUUGGCGGCUCAAAGAAGGACGCUCUCGGCCAUCUUAACGAUGAUCGAUCGAGUCUUGGUGGCGAGAAGAAGCAUGGGUCCAUGUCUGAAUUGAAGCGAUUCUUUCGACUCGGCCACAAGCACAAGAAUCAUACUCCUGCCGAUUCUCCUACGGCUUCGCAGACUUCUACUCGCAAAUCAGUAUCCAGCAAUAAGGCUUCAGGGACAAGAACUCCUCCCCAUCAAGCUCCGCCGGCGAAUGUGCCUUUCGCGGAUGAGCAUGGCCUCGAAGCCAAAUAUGGAAAGUUUGGCAAGGUUCUGGGAUCUGGUGCGGGUGGCUCCGUCCGGCUGCUGAAGAGAAGCAGUGAUGGUGUCACGUUUGCCGUCAAGCAGUUCCGGGACAAGCACUCGUGGGAGAGCGAGAAGGACUAUUCGAAAAAGGUCACGGCUGAGUUCUGCAUCGGUUCGACGCUACAUCAUGGCAACAUAAUUGAGACCAUGGACAUCAUCCAAGAGGGACAUCGAUGGUACGAGGUCAUGGAAUACGCGCCAUACGAUCUGUUUGCGACCGUUAUGACCGGCAAAAUGAGCAGAGAAGAGAUCGCAUGCUCGUUUCUGCAAAUCGUCAACGGAGUGAGCUAUCUACACAGCAUGGGCCUUGCGCACCGCGACUUGAAGUUGGACAACGUGGUGGUCAGCGAGCAUGGCAUCAUGAAAAUCAUCGACUUUGGCAGCGCGACCGUCUUUCGAUAUCCAUUUGAGGAAGACAUCGUUCUGGCAUCUGGUAUCGUUGGCUCCGAUCCCUACCUCGCCCCCGAGGUUUAUGACGAGCGUAAAUAUGACCCUACCGCAACCGACAUUUGGUCCCUGGCCAUCAUUUUCUGCUGUAUGACGCUGCGCCGGUUCCCUUGGAAGCAGCCACGGAUCGUGGACAACUCGUACAAGCUCUUUGUCGCCCCACCCACUCCAGGAACGCCAGUGCCAGACUCGAAACCAAGAAGAGCUUCUGAAAUGCCGCAAACGAUGACUACGGAAGCAGAGCAGCGACGCCAACCUGAGUCGCAGCACAGUCACUCGCACCAUCACGAGUCCUCUGAACACCAUGCGAAUGAACAACGUGGGUCGACCAGUGGCGACAAACAAGAAGUCAUCAAGGGGCCGUGGCGGCUCCUCCGGAUAUUGCCCAGAGAGAGUCGUCAUAUAAUCGGUCGCAUGUUGAAAGUUGAUCCGUCGGAGCGAGCGACAAUGGACGAAGUGCUGGAAGAUGAGUGGGUGCUCUCGUCCCGAGUUUGCUCUCAGGACAUGGGUGGCCAAGUGCACCGCGCUGAAGGACAUUACCACACACUUGAGGCUGGCAGUGGAGGACCUCCUCCUGCCAAGGCCUGA